AUGCUUUCCUUCAGGGUACUCCUAUUUCUUUCCCUCCUUCUAGGAGUAUACGCCUUUCCCACCCGGCAUGAUCCCACCCACACAGAUGACUCCAGCCAAGCCAUCAAGGAAGUGACAUCCACCCUCACGACAACAAAAUGGGCCCGCUGCAUCAUCCCCCAAACCGUCUCCCUCCCCCUAAACCAGACCAAGCCCAGUCUCCCCACCCCAGCCAACGGCCUCACCCUCAAACACCUCGCUAUCGGCCGCGGCACCCAAAACUACACCUGCACCGGCACCGACAAAACCACCGCACCGACCCAAAUCGGAGCCGUCGCGACCCUCUUCGACGGCUCCUGUCUCGCCGCCCAGCAAAAGACAGACGCCCAGCGAGCCUUAUCGUCCGUCGUAGGCGUCGUGAAGAUGAUCCCCCUCCAGCCGCUGCAGCUGGCCGCGUGGCUGCUAAACCGGGUGUUCUUCUGGGGAGCGGAAGAAAAGAACCUUGUCAUCGGACGGCAUUACUUCCUAGCUGACGGGACGCCGUUGUUUGAGUUCGGACGGGGCGGAGACGAGGACGACUGGGUGCUGGCGAAGAAGGAUGCUAGCGGGACGCCUUUCGUGGUUAAUGCUAAUGCCGGGGAUGAUGCGCCGUGGUUGAAGCUGGUGAAGACGGAUGGGAGGGGGAUUCAGGAGAUAUAUAGGGUGUAUACAGCUGGGGGGAAUGCGCCCUCGACGUGCGAGGGACAGAAGGAGUUUUUUGAGGUGGAGUAUGCGGCGGAGUAUUGGUUUUAUGGAUGA